CUCACUCCUCUCCAUUCUUCAGUCUCUCUAAAUAAUAGAACACAGAAGGAGGGUUCUUCUGGGUUUUCUUCUUUGUUCCUUUAAAAGGCAAAAAAAGAGAACAUUAGAAUAAGAAGAGAUGCAGAGUUGCAGGGUUUCAUUGUCAAAAGUUGAUCGAAAGACUAUUGAAAGAAACAGAAGAAUGCAAAUGAAAGGCCUUUGCUUCAAGCUUGCCACUCUCAUCCCUCGCCACUACAACUCUACUAAGGAAAUAUCAUCACAGCAAGACCGAUUAGACCACGCGGCAAGUUAUAUAAAGGAACUGCAACAAAGAGUGGAAGAACUAAAAAGAAGGAAGCAGUACUUAGCCAUGAAUAUCAAUGGGACCAACAAUGAUAUCAGAGAUAAAAUGACAAUUAAUGGCUCAAAUUUACCAGUAAUUGAACUGAGGGACUUUGGUCAUAGCUUGGAGGUUACUUUGAUGAGUGGAUUCAAUUCAAACUUCAUGUUCUAUGAAGUUAUUAAUGUUCUUGCAGAAGAAGGAGCAGAAAUCAUCAAUGCUAGCUUCUCUGUGGUGGGUGAUAAGAUUUUCCACACUUUCCAUUCUCAGGCAGCUAGCUCAAGAGUAGGGGUGGAGACUUCAAGUUUAUGUCAGAGAUUGAAGGAGUUGGUUUAUUAGUUCUUUUCCAAAUUCCAGAAGACACUACUGCAGAGACUGAUCAUCACUGAUCAUCUAUGGCGAUUCUGGUUUUAGUUGGAUUACUUAGGAUAUGAUUUUGUAAUUGCAAGACUGUAAUACUGUUUUAGAGGAUAAGAAAAGAGUGGUUUACAA